AUGGCGGCGCUGGGCGGGGACGGGUUGCGUCUGCUGUCGGUGUCGCGACCCGAGCGGCAGCCCGAGUCGGCGGCCCUGGGGGGCCCGGGCCCCGGGCUGUGCUGCUGGGUGUCCGUGUUCUCCUGCCUCAGCCUCGCCUGCUCCUACGUGGGCAGCCUCUACGUCUGGAAGAGCGAGCUGCCCAGGGACCACCCUGCCGUCAUCAAGCGGCGCUUCACCAGUGUCCUAGUGGUGUCCAGUCUCUCGCCCCUCUGCGUGCUCCUCUGGAGGGAACUCACAGGCAUCCAGCCAGGCACAUCCCUGCUCACGCUGAUGGGCUUCAGGCUGGAGGGCAUUUUCCCGGCAGCACUGCUGCCCCUGCUGCUGACCAUGAUCCUUUUUCUGGGCCCACUGAUGCAGCUCUCAAUGGACUGCCCCUGUGACCUGGCAGAUGGGUUAAAGGUUGUCUUAGCCCCUCGCUCCUGGGCCCGCUGCCUCAUGGACAUGCGUUGGCUUCGGAACCAAGUGAUUGCGCCCCUUACAGAGGAGCUGGUGUUCCGGGCCUGCAUGCUGCCCAUGUUAGCACCGUGUACAGGCCUGGGCCCUGCCGUGUUCACCUGCCCACUGUUUUUUGGAGUUGCCCAUUUUCACCACAUUUUUGAGCAGCUUCGAUUCCGUCAGAGCAGUGUGGGGAGCAUCUUCUUGUCUGCAGCGUUCCAGUUCUCCUACACAGCUGUCUUCGGUGCCUACACCGCUUUCCUCUUCAUCCGUACAGGACACCUGAUUGGGCCGGUUCUCUGCCACUCCUUCUGCAAUUACAUGGGUUUCCCCGCUGUGUGCGCAGCCCUGGAGCAUCCACAGAGGCGGCCCCUGCUGGCAGGCUAUGCCCUGGGUGUAGGACUCUUCCUGCUGCUACUCCAGCCCCUCACGGACCCGAAGCUCUACGGCAGUCUUCCCCUGUGCGUGCUUUUGGAGCAGGCAGGGGACUCAGAGGCUCCUCUGUGCUCCUGA